GGACCGGCCCUCUGCUUUAAAAGUUUGAGGACCCCUGAUCUAGAGGCUUGGAUAAGCGAGGCUUGGAUUAGUGAGACUCUACUGUAGUAACAGAAAUUUUUUGAUAACAUUCACAGUUUGUCUGGUUAUGUUGGUUUGUGAUGACAAACUACUGUACAGUAUAUAAUAAAUGUUUAUUUUUUGUUCAACAAUAAAUGUGAAUUCUACUUCAUGGAAAAAUAAGAAAUCCCCUGAAAAUAAGACCUAGCACAUCUUUGAGAGCAAAAAUUAAUAUAAGACACUGUCUUAUUUUCGGGGAAACACGGUAUUAUCUGGAACAAUAAAUAUUAAAUAAAUAAUCAUCCGAUUAGGGAUUCUUCCCCAAAAUCUUGGGAAACUCGGGGCCGAAUCCUUCCCUCCGCAGCUGCUUUCUCGGCAAACACUUGGCUCUUUGUAUCCACCACGAUCUUUAUUUAUUUUUUAAUGGGGAGGUUUAUGGCCUCCACACAAGAGGCGGUCUGUCUGGUCCGAGUCGGGACCCGAGUCAGGGAAAGGAGUUGCUCUCUGGAUGCGAGUGAACUAUAACUCCCAACCUCCAAACCCCACCAGUAUUCAAAGCGCGUAAUUUAAGGCUCCGAGAACACAAACCGAGGAAGGAAUGGCAGAGAAAGUGAACAACUUCCCUCCACUGCCCAAGUUCAUCCCACUGAAGCCCUGCUUCUACCAGAACUUUGCAGACGAGAUCCCCGUCGACCACCAGAACCUGGUCCAGAAGAUCUACCGCUUGUGGAUGUUUUACUGCAUCACGUUGGGGGUGAACCUGGUGGCCUGCUUGGCCUGGUGGAUCGGGGGCGGAUCCGGGGUCAACUUCGGCCUGGCCCUCCUCUGGCUCCUCCUCUUCAGCCCCUGCAGCUACGUCUGCUGGUUCCGGCCCCUCUACAAGGCCUUCCGGUCCGACAGCUCUUUCAACUUCAUGGUCUUUUUCUUCAUCUUCUCCGCUCAGUUUGUCCUGGCAGCCAUUCAGGCCAUUGGCAUCAGCAACUGGGGAGCCUGCGGGUGGCUGGCUGCCGUGACAUUCUUCAGCACUAACGUUGGGGCCGCCGUCAUUAUGCUUCUUCCGGCCAUCAUGUUUACCCUCUCGGCGCUCGCCAUGUUCGUGUGCCUCCUCCGGGUCCACCGACUUUACCGCGGCGGUGGCGGGAGCUUCCAGAAAGCGCAGGACGAGUGGCAGAGCGGCUUGUGGCGGAACCCUCCGACCCGCGAGGCCCAGUUCAGCAACUUCUCUGGGAGCAGCCUCCCCGAAUACCCGACGGUCCCCAACUACCCAGGAGGAAACCGGUGGCCUUGAUUCUCCCAGUCGGACUGCCCAGUUGGGUCGUAAUCGCAACGCCUGUGUUUUCGUUCCAUGUUUGUUCCUUUUGGGGCGGGUAUGGGGAAGAACGACACGCCUUUCUUCCCUAUACCUUCUCCCCCAUUGCCAAUCCUUUUUGGGGUUGUUUUUUUCCCAUCCCGUAAAUCAAUUCUCCCCUUUUGACGAUCUCGGAAAGAUCGGGAAUCCACCUCUUAUUGCCUUAUUUGGACCGACGGGGUCGCCAAUCGUUUGGGUUCAUCUAUUUUGCCUUGUGCAUUUGUACCGACAGGGUUGCCAAUUGUUUGGGUUCAUCCAUCUCGCCUUGUGCAUUUGUACCGACAGGGUUGCCAAUUAUUUGGGUUUGUCUAUCUCACCUUGUGCAUUUGUACCAAUCGUUUGAGUUCAUCUAUCUCGCCUUGUGCGUGUUGGGGUUAUUUAACUGUGAAACACCCUGAUUUAUUGGUGAGUCUGGACUCUUCACCAUCUCCUCUCCAGUCUGACCGCUUAAGCAUCCAGUGAAAGCAGCACCAACAAACGACACCACAGUCGUUAUUCUGCUGAUCCCAGCGGUUCUAAGGCUUUAUUAUAUACAUCCAGAUAUAAGUCCAUCGCUCUUAGGACUCAUGCUUUCCCCAGCAAGGGUAAAGCAUGUCCUGUCCCUUUGUCAAGUGUCUGUGAAACACUCAAGCAGGCGACUCUCACGUUCUACUCCCGAUGACGAAUAUUCUGUCUGUGCUGUUGAAACGGAAGGCUUGACCUAUUGGCCCUGCAGGCAGUCAAUCAAGCUGGCUUGUGAUUAACCCAUGUGCUGCUGGAAAGUUUGUCAGAAUACACAGUUGCAAAGAACCAACAGCAAACACUUAAUUCAACAUUUCAUACUAACAACAAAAUACACCAACAGUCCAUUUGUACCGACUGGGUCGCCAAAUGUUUGGGUUAAUUUAUCUCGCCUUUUGCAUUUGUACCAAUGGGGUCGCCAAUAGUUUGGGUUCAUCUAUCUCGACUUGUGGAUUUGUACCGACGGGGUCGCCAAUUGUUUGAGUCCGUCUAUCUUGCCUUGUGCAUUUGUAUAAACGGGGUCACCAAUUGUUUGGGUUGAUCUAUCUCAUCUUGUGCAUUUGUACCGACGGGGUCGCCAAUUGUUUGGGUUCGUCUGUCUCGCCUUGUGCAUUUGUACCGAUGGGGUCGCCAAUUGUUUGGGUUCAUCUAUCUCGCCUUGUGCAUUUGUACCGACGGGGUCGCCAAUCGUUUGGGUUCGUCUAUCUCGCCUUGUGCAUUUGUACCGAUGGGGUCACCAAUCGUUUGAAUCGGUCUAUCUCGCCUUGUGCAUUUGUACCGACGGGGUCGCCAAUCGUUUGGGUUCCUCUAUCUCGCCUUGUGCAUUUGUACCGACGGGGUCGCCAAUUGUUUUGGUUAGUCUAUCUCGCCUUGUGCAUUUGUACCAACGGGGUCGCCAAUUAUUUGAGUCCAUCUAUCUCACCUAUUUUUCUUACUUUUUAAGGGACUUCCACUUUGCCCAUUCCCCUUGCCCUUCUCAGGAGACUCUCGAUGGCCACAAAUGAACGGGAGACCUGUUUCGGACCCUCAAAAUCAUGAUUUUGGCCUAUAUCUCCCACACAGUUGGGAAGGAACACGUGGCGGCGUUUAUUUCAGGUUUCUGUUUGUGUCGCAGUAAUGGCUCAAUGGGUCCUGACCUGAUACUGGAACGAAAACGAUUAUCGGUGCCUUAACUGGAGGAUGGACCUUGUGGUCCCUUCCGUGUCGCUUUCAGACACACAUUCCUUGAUCCGGGUGGUUUGUUUACAUUCAACUCCCCCCAAUUUCUUUCGGGAUGAGCCAAGAAAGGGAAAAAGAAGUCACAGUUAGAGAGACGUAGAACUUGGUUCCAGGUUCUUUCAAAUCUAGUUUGCUUCCCAAAUCCAAACCUUUUUGUGUCGAGCCAAUUCUGGGGAUUUUGCCUCAAUAUAUAUACCGAUGAGUCUCUUGAAAUCUUUAUCACACACCAUGUUUACACGGUUUGUGGAUAGAGAGUUUUGCCUUUGAUAAUUGGGCAGCAAUCGACCUUAAAGCCGCGUUGUCUGAGCUGAACUUGGUCGAAGUUUAGAUUUCAAGGAUGUGAUGCCUUAUUUCCAGCCCUUUCUUCUCCUCUUUGGUCGUAAUGCUCAAAAGCCUUCAUCUCAACCGGCGUACGGUACCUUUCCGCCAUUUGUCUUAAUGUAAUAUAUAUAUCUAUAUAUGUAUAAUAUUCUAAUGACAUUUUUGUAACAAUGUUUACACACUAGAUUUCCCCAGGGAAGUCCUUCCUUCCCAAUUUCGGGGAGGAGAAUUAACAAUACUACUAUUACUACUUCCGGGCAACGACUUGUUCUGCAUCAUGUUGUGGAUUUCCCCUCCUUGCUCUUAUUCUAAAAAAAUUUUUUUUGGUUCGUUUAAAAUAAAUCGGAUUUGUCUACUGCA